UGUCUCCAAGCAACAGGACGCCUAGCCUGCUGCACUGCGCCAACAGUGACUAGUCACCGUUGCAGAUACAGACCGAAUAAACGCAUUUUGUUAAUCCAAAGUGUUCUGGGGGUAGAUUUUUAUGUAUUAUUUUGAUAGUGUAACCUGUCGAUUGCAUUUUCUGUGUUGUCGGGCUUAAUAAUAUACAUACGUCAAUUUAAGUAGCCACUUGCUCAGCUAACUGUACGCUAGCUAGAAGCUAAUGCUACCUUCCUUGGCUAUCGGAAUUACUGAGGCAGAGUUGAACGUGAGGGCACAUUUUUGAUCUUCUAGUUCACUUUGGCCUUUGGUUUAAAUGUCAUCGCAUAGCCACCGUGCUCAAACGCCUUGAGACAGAGAGAGAGAGCUAAAUACGUCGGUGUAAAUCCCACCAGAAGCUACUUGAUGCAAUAGGACGGACCGCAUCACUAGGGACAGUCGUUUGAUAUUUACGGCGAGUACCUGAAGGCAGCAGAUCUGUCCCGUCCCGCAAACUUAGCUAGCAUUAGCCGGUAGGAGAACACCGCAGCAUCAGCAUCACCCACACGCACAAUGAGAUGAAACAUUUACCCGCUUAUUAGAUUGUACGAGACGAGGGUGAGGAUUAUUUCACAGACCAGAACAAGAUGAGUCGCUUCUGUUCGGAUAACAACAACUUUCCCUACGACAACAACGUCCUGGUUUUGGACAUGGUGCUGGGCUCCCUGUGGGGUGUGCCCCAGCCCAUAAACUGGGACAAUGUGGCCAAGCUAGUACCAGGCUUUACUCCUAAGGAGUGUGCCCGUCGGUUUGAGGAGUUGAAGAGCAUGGGGGGGUUUCCUCAUGUGGAUAACCAAUGCAAUGCCCUGACAGAAGGAAGCAGCUCCCCGUCAGACCUCCUCUCCACACUGCUGGACACUCGGGACAUAGUGGAGAGAGGAAGCGGCCAGAGCAGCAGCAGCAAAGUUACAGGGUCCAAGUUGAAGUCCACAGGAAGAAGUGCUGCUGUGGAGAAGAAAGAGAAAGGAGUGUCAGCAGAGGAGGAUGAAAAACCUCAGAAACCACGAGAUCCCAACAUGGUCAUCCAUGUGUGCGAUGAGACCAAGAACCUGAAGCAGGACUUCACUUGUCCCAGAGAUCUUCUGGUCAAGGAGAUGCGGUACUUUUCUGAAUAUUUAUCUGUGGACCCCCAGAGGUGGGAGGAAGUUGACAUCUCAGUCCACUGUGACGUGCAGAUCUUUGACUGGCUUAUGAACUACGUCAGGAGGAACUCAGCAGGAGAGGGAAACAAGGACAAACCCCGGCUUGAGCCCAGCAAUGUGAUCUCAAUCCUGAUCUCCUCCGAGUUCUUGAAGAUGGACACGUUAGUGGAGGAGUGCAUCCAGUACUGCCACAAGCACAUGAGUGCUAUUGUGGCUACUCCCUGCAACAUGAACUGCAUAAACAGCAACUUGGCCACACGGAUCGCUGAACUCUUCAGCCACAACGAGGCCGACGACAUCAGGGACAAAAAAGACAAGUUCAAAAGUAAACUGUUUCAAAAGAAAAUUGAGCGUCUCUUUGACCCAAACUACCGGAACAGAGAUUCACCGGGAAAUGCCUCAAUUCUAUACAGGUGUGGUCUGUGCCUUAAGCUGUUGACCAAAGACACAGAGAGGAAAAUUUCUUGUGUUCCGGGGAAAAUCAAUAUUGACGCUUGUGGAGAGAUCAUCUAUACACACACCAGACAGAAGAGUUGGGAUGUGCACGAAUACAUCACAGGCCUGUAUGAGGAGCUCAAGUCCUGGGUCUUGGUUUACUGGAGAAUCUGGGGUACCAUCAACUACCUCACCUGCUUCCGAUGCCAGCAGGUGUUUGUAUGUGCAGAGCUGACGCAGUGCAAGUACCACCCAGACAGCGUCCUGUACCCUGGCAUGGGUACAGAGAGAGGCUGGCACGGUGCAGGAAUAUAUCCGUGCUGCAACCAGCGGGUUCUCCGCUUUGACCCCUCUGGGAUACCAAAGGGCUGUAAGACGCGGGAUCACAUAGUGAAUGUGCCCGAUGAGGAGAACUGUGACGAGGAGACUUCAGCCCAGACCCGAGUCCUCAAUGACCUGCUGCUGCACAGAGACGCUGUGUGUGUGUCAAACUCUCCACCGGCAGAGGGUGCUGAGGAGAGCCAGUCCAGUGCAGAAAAAGUUCAGGACUGUGACGUUCUCUUGGAGCCAACAGUCCUUAGAUCUCUGAGAGGAGACGGCAGCACCUUUUGCCUUUUGAAAAACUGGAGUCUUCAGCUGAGACAGCAGUCUCUUCUGUCAGAGGAUGAGGAGUACACCACAGGGUCAGAGGUCACUGAAGAUGAGGUUGGGGAUGAAGAGGAACUCUCUAAGAAGCAAGCUGCUAAGAAGGCCAAAAAGACUCACAGACCUCUGAAAAAACAGCUGUCCUCGCCAAACUUCCAACGCAAAGAAAAAUCUGAGAAAUCACAGACCAGGGACAACACGCCUUUCACAGUAAGCGUCCAGAAGAGUAAGUGGGACAGCUCUCGCUCUAUGCGCUACAACCAGGACGCUCAGCGAGAGGAAGACCAGCGCCGCAUGGUGGAGAUCAUUGGCUACCUGACAAAGAUGAGGUUUGGAGACCAGGAACAGAGUAAAUCCAAGGAUACUAAAGAGCCUGCAGGGGGGAUCUACUCCAGACUUGAAGCGCAAUUUAGGAGCUCCUCUCAAGCCAGACAGAGUUCAGAAAAGACACCCAGGUCUAAAACGCGCUACGCUCAGAUCCGAACAACAUAAAGAAGCUAAUGGGGGGGAAAAAGGCAGUGGAGCUGCUAAAUAGACCAGCAUUAAACCCGAUGAAGAGGACAGAGACUCUCUCCUCAACCCCAGCACUUGUCAGCCCCCCGCCCCUGCUUAACUCAGGUGACUAUGUAUGGAUCACCGUCAACCACAUCUCCUCUCACUCGGCCCACUGUGUGUUUGUUCAGCUGCGUCCAGUCCACAAAAACAACAAGCAGAACUGUGGACCCAGCUCGGCUCAUUAGAAAUGGACUUUGACUUUCCUCAGUGUUUCUUCAAACAUGGAGGGGGGGGGGGGGGGGAUUUCUACAGAAGGCAACUGGAGGAAUGUAUGGAAGUUCACUUAUGUCAGUGGGAAAAGAAAAAAUAUUUCAUAGCAAUGACAAACAUGUAUCUUAUUGUAAAAUACACAGUUUGUGGCUGUCCACCAACUCAACAACCAAACUUGGCACACAGGUACAUCUUAGGCCCCUAUAAGUUCUUACCUAUAUCAGAUACUAUGGUGUAAUCACAUUGCACAACUACCUACUGACCUACUGAAAGGACACACUUUGUGUUUAUGCACCUAUCUCACCUUAUACAAGUAUUGUAUCAUUUCAGUUUCACAACAGUAGCAUCUCAUUUACAUCAGAUGUUACAGUUGUAAAUAUUUUGAUAUGCAAUAUCAUCGUAUUGCUUGGCAACCACCUGGUAACAGAAUAAAAUGACAUGUAUGUAGUAGAGCAGGACAUGGGCUGUAGUAGUAAAGGCAAAUUUAAAAAAUAAAGAAAUUACAAAAAUGCCACAACAGAAAAAAAGUUUUGAUGUAAAAAAAAAAAAAAAAAAAAAAAAAAGAAGAGUUAAAAAAAGAGCAUAAAUCAAAUUGACUUGAACUGAGGAAAAAAAACAACAUCAGGAUACUGGAAAACGUGUGUCUAAAGCUCUGACAUUUUUAAAAAAUGCUAAAUUGAGAUCAAAUUUAAUUUUGAGGUUAAGAAGUAAAAUUGAGAUAAAUAUAUUGUGUUAUAUGAAAAUGAGACAAAAAUAUGUUAUGAGAAAAAUUUAUGGAAAAAAAAAUCUUUUUCUUAAACUGGCAGUAGUUAUCUUCUGUGUGGCUAGUUGAAGAUGUUACCUUCUUAAACUGACAUCUUUUAUUUCAACUGUAGUGGAAGGUCAGAGGUGUGUGGCAUGAAAAUUUUACUGCAUCAACUGAAAUUUACACCCAGCCUAACAUUUACACUAAUUCUGCCUGCGUUCUCUGGUGAAGCCCAUUCUUCAGGUGAGAGGGAUGCCACAUUUGUUCCACCAAGUUCUGGUAGAGAUGUAGUUCUAGUCUUUCCUUGUUUACUGGAAUGUGACUGUGCCAUGUACCACACCGAGGCCAAUAAAACACAAGUGACUAAAUCCA